UUUGUAUAAAAAAAAAAUAACAACAUUUGAAAUGCGUAUUACUGCUGGACUCGCCUUUAUUGUAACUGCUGUUACUUCUGUCAUGGCUUUAAAAGAAGCACCUGCUGAUUUACAAAUUGGUAUUCUUAAACGUGUUCCUGCCGAGAAAUGUCUUGUUCGAUCCAACAACGGCGAUCAAUUGUCGAUGCAUUAUACCGGUACACUCUUUGACACGGGUGUAAAAUUCGAUAGUAGCUUAGACCGUAAUGAUCCUUUUGUAUUUGAAAUCGGUAAAGGACAAGUGAUUGGAGGCUGGGAACAAGGUUUAUUAAACAUGUGUAUUGGUGAGAAGCGUAAGCUUACCAUUCCUCCUCACUUGGGUUAUGGAGAUCGUGGGUCUUAUCCUGUGAUUCCUGGUGGAGCCACACUUGUAUUUGAAGUUGAAUUAUUAGAUAUUAAAAAAGGUCAACGUAAUGAAAGAAAGGGACCCGAAACCGUUAAAACAAAUGACGACGAAGCCAUUAUUUCUUUCAGUUCGCCCAGUUUCAUUCUUUCAACAGCCGGUAUUCUUAUCUUGUUUUUCUUGGUCUUUCGUAUGGCUAAAAAGCAAGAUAUUGUAGAAGCUAAAAAAGCAGUUGAAAAGGAGAUCAAGGAAAAGAAAUAGUUUAUUUAUUUAUUUAGUACUGGUGCCAUUGAAUUUAUCAGCAAUAAAUUGGGCUUCGUUUUUAAUCGUUUCCGUCAAUUGACCCAAUAAACCUGGCUGUUCAUUGUUUGUCUUGUCUUUGGGCUUGUCAUCAUAGUCUCCCACUUUAAAUAAUCCAGUAGAUCCUGCUUCAUUGGUUGAAGUCUUUUUAGAGUAUGUGUUGUCUGAUUGUCCAAUAUCCAUGAUGUGUUUUAUAAAGUAAAAAAAGGAAUGUUUU